AUGACAAUCGGAUUAAGCACAAUGCUGGCGAAAUUAGAGAGUCUUUUUGCGUCAGAUCAUGCGUCAGUUGUGUCCAUGAACUUGUUCGUUGCUCUGCUUUGCGCUUGCAUCGUGCUCGGUCACUUGCUCGAAGAGACUCGGUGGAUGAACGAAUCAAUCACUGCUCUCAUCAUCGGUUCAUGUACUGGCAUUGUGAUCUUGCUUAUAAGUGGAGGAAAGAGCUCGAGGAUUCUUGUAUUUAGUGAAGAUCUGUUCUUCAUUUAUCUUCUUCCACCCAUUAUAUUCAACGCUGGGUUUCAGGUUAAGAAGAAGCAAUUUUUUCGCAACUUCAUGACCAUUAUGUUAUUUGGUGCUAUUGGUACUCUCAUUUCAUUUGUUAUCAUAUCAUUAGGUGCUAAACAUUUUUUCGAGAAAAUGAAUAUCGGAGAUCUCACCAUUUCCGAUUAUCUAGCCAUUGGAGCAAUAUUCUCUGCUACAGAUUCUGUUUGCACCUUGCAAGUGCUUAAUCAAGAUGAGACACCACUCUUGUACAGUUUGGUCUUUGGAGAAGGUGUAGUGAACGAUGCCACAUCGGUCGUGCUCUUCAAUGCUAUACAAAGAUUCGACCUCACAAAUAUUAAUUCAGCCAUAGCUUUAGAGUUUGCCGGAAACUUCUUUUAUCUCUUCAUCUUAAGCACAGCACUUGGUGUUGCAGCUGGUUUGCUUAGUGCUUUAAUUAUGAAGAAGCUCUACAUCGGAAGGCACUCUACUGAUCGUGAAGUUGCACUUAUGAUGCUAUUGGCUUACCUAUCAUAUAUGUUGGCAGAGCUAUUCCACUUAAGCUCUAUAUUGACUGUGUUCUUCUGUGGGAUUGUUAUGUCUCAUUACACAUGGCACAAUGUUACAGGUAAAUCAAAGGUCACUACAAAACAUACUUUUGCUGCAUUGUCAUUUCUAGCUGAGAUCUUUAUAUUUCUAUACGUUGGUAUGGACGCUCUCGACAUCGAGAAAUGGGACGUUGUACGUGACAGUCCUGGUAAGUCGAUUGGAGUGAGUUCGAUACUUCUUGGGCUUGUUCUUCUGGGUCGCGCUGCGUUCGUGUUCCCUCUUUCGUUCUUGUCGAAUUUGACAAAGUCUUCGGAUGAGAAAAUCGAUUGGAAGAAACAAGUAACCAUUUGGUGGGCUGGUCUCAUGCGUGGUGCUGUCUCAAUGGCUCUUGCUUAUAAUCAGUUUACGACUUCAGGACACACCAAGAUUCUUGGAAACGCUAUCAUGAUCACCAGCACCAUCACCGUUGUUCUUUUCAGUACUGUGGUGUUUGGAUUGUUAACCAAACCAUUAGUCAAACACUUGCAGCCUACAUCAAAAAGGACGCCCACACCGAUAUCUUCUUUGACUGAGCCGCUGCUCAAUGGCGAUGGUAGCAGCAUCCAAAGCCAUGAGACGCUGGUCCGUACGCAAGGCCAAUCAGAUUACAACAUUGAUCUUCCGAUCAGUUUUGCAAUGUUCUGGAACAAGCCGUCCCGAGCCAUUCAUCAUUACUGGAGGAGAUUCGAUAACGCGGUUAUGCGUCGCACAUUUGGCGGGAGAGGCGUUACAAAGGCAGUUCCGGGUUCGCCAGUUGAGACUAGUGCUGGGCAGUGGGGUGAAGAAGUAGAAAACAAGGAAAUAUUCCCUGAACCGUGA